AUGGCUUCAACGACAAGGCCUCAUGACUACUAUGGGAUUCUUCAAGUUCCACCGGAUGCAGACCUCACAGCUAUUAAACUGAGUUGGAGGCGUUUAGCCCGGAUUAAACAUCCCGACAAAAAUCCUGCAAAGAACGCUACAGCGGAGUUCCAGCUCCUUGAAGAAGCAUAUUCAACCCUCUCUAAUCCUGAAACUCGUCAAAUCUACGAUGCCAAAUACCGAGCAUACACGUCUACCUCUAGUGCCCGUCACUCGACACGUCAGACGAAUAGCGGCGAAAAACAAGACAAAUACAAGCCAACCUCUUCAAUGACUGAACUACUGGAGCAGACAAAGAUGUGGAAAAGCCGACUCGGGGACCAAGAGCAGCUACUACGAGAUGUACAUGCACGCUUAAGGAAGCUCGAAUCAGAAAUAGCGAUUUUGCAUACCGAGAUUGCGACCACGGAGCAAGGCAAGGCAGCUAGGCAGACAAUCUGGGGCUAUCUGGGCACAUUCCUUCCCGGAGGAAGUGAAAGACAAGAGCGGCAGAAAGAAGAGCAGGAUCGCUUGUAUCGUGACAAAAUCGUAACGAUGCGAAUCAAAGAGACGGAAAAGGCCAGACGACUGGAAGCUAUCAGAACCCACGAGGCAAACAUUUCCUUACUUCGUCAGUGGUUCUUUUCGACUGAGUAUGAUAUUCGGAGAAUGACGAGGGAGAAAGACUUGAGGGACCAAGAAGAGCGGGCGAAGAUGGAAGAGCAGAUGAAACGUGAAGGCUGGUCAUACGCUCAUUGGUCACAAACCGAAAGCCGGGCACAUAGCGUCCCAAAGUCAAUAAAUUGUAAACACAGAGCCUGGUGGAAUCGGAUCGAGGUGUCCUGGGUGUAA